AUGGAAGAGCUGGACUUUGUCAGCGCUACGGAGGAAUCCAGGAAGCACAUAAACACCUGGGUAGCCGAGAAGACAGAAGGUAAAAUUAAAGACUUGCUCGCUGCAAAUUCAGUUGACCCCAUGACUCGUCUGGUUCUCGUGAAUUCCGUCUACUUCAAAGGAAACUGGGCUGAACAAUUUAACAAACAGCACACCUUUCGAAGGCCAUUCCACGUCAGCAAGAACGUGGAGAAACCUGUGCAAAUGAUGUUCAAGAAUGCCACCUUUAAAAUGACCUACAUUGGGGAGAUAAGCACCCAGAUUCUGGUGCUUCCCUACAUCGGCCAAGAGAUGAACAUGGUCAUCCUGCUGCCCAGUGAAAGCACUGACUUGAACACGGUGGAGAAGGCCCUGACCUUCGAGAAAUUCAUCGCAUGGACGAAGCCGGACAUGCUGGCCGAGGAGAUGGUGGAGGUGUUCCUGCCCCGGUUCACGCUGGAGGAGAGUUACAACAUGGAGGGCGUCCUCCGAGACCUGGGCAUGACCGACGCCUUCGAUGCUCUCCGCGCCGACUUCACCGGGAUGUCAUACGGGCGAGGCCUGCACCUGUCCAAGGUCGUGCACAAGUCCUUCGUGGAGGUCACCGAGGAGGGCACGGAGGCCGCGGCCGCCACGGAGGCCAUGGAAGUAUUUAUCUGCAUGCAGAACGUGUCCCACUUCCAUGCCGACCGGCCCUUCCUCUUCUUCAUCCAGCACGGCAAGACUGGGGCCAUCCUGUUCUGCGGCCGCUUCUGCUCGCCGUGA